AUGUAUGAUUUUGAUGUGCAAACUUGUACUCAGUCGAUCAUGUCUUGCUGCCGUCAGAGUGUUUUCGUCGCAAGAACCAUAUAUUUGUGGAAAGAAAAUACUAUUAAUCUUUUACGUCAAAUAAUGAAAAGAGAAGAACAGAUAUACAAUUCUCAAGAUAAAGAAAUAAUAGAUCUAAUGAAUACUAAUAUAAAAAAUAAUCAUAAGUUGGAUUGGUAUUACAUGAUUUUUCAAAUGGCAGUUGUACUUUUCUACAUGACCCUAGCACCGUAUCUUUUUCCAGUACAGACUGUAAUUGACCCAUUUACAAAUACAACUCUUGACCAGAGAUCCUUACCAGUAAAAUAUUGGUUUCCUUUUGAUGAGGAAAAACACUUCAAUAUAGCAUUUGGAUGGGAGAUAUUUAGUCUUAUGUUAGGUGGACUUACGUCUUUCGCACUGGACCUUUUCUUUUUUAGUACUCUGGCUUAUAUUCUGGGACAGUUGAGAAUUUUAAGAUUCAUGCUUGACAACUUUGAGAAAUAUAGAGAAAAGGCCGAGACUCAACUAAUGUGUACACGAAGCACUGCAGAUAUUAUUACGCUAAAGCUUUUUAUUGCUGAACACCAAACAAUAAUGCGUUUUAUCAAUGACUUCAAUGACUGUAUGAGAACUUUGGUGCUGUUGGAUUUUUUUCAAACCUCCUUUCAGAUAGGAGUAUUAAUUAUGUAUAACUUAUAUGAAAUGAAAUCACACAAUUUUUUAUUACCGACUUUAGGACUGCUCUACUUAAUACUAACGGGUGGAAAUGUAGCUAUCUACUACUGGUAUGGUGAUGAGAUAACGACAGAGAGCUUCGAAUUAGCAGAUGCAAUUUAUGAUAUCAAAUGGUACGACAAAUCUAAGGAAUUCAGAAAAAUCCUAAUGAUUCUAUUAAUAAGAUGUCACAAAGAAGUAGGAAUUGAGAUUGGAGGCAUAACAAUAAUGUCUAGGAAUAUAUGCAUUGGACUUUUCAAGGGAGCCUACACCUUUGUUCAAUUUGCUCUACAAAUUUAG